GAUCGGACGAAUCAUCAGCAACUGCCAUUGGUAUUUCAAACAACAACACACAAUGACACAUAUUGUCCUCAAAAUCCAGUGAAUCAAAUAAUUAUGCAUAAAAUGCCGUCACGUACAUCACCUCUCAAUAUGUCAAUUCCCACAACAGAUGUUGCUGGUAUUGUUCUUUAUCGACAAAAAUGUGAUAAAGUCGCAGAUAAUAAUCAUGAAGGUUUUCAAUUGGAACAGAUUACAAAUAGACAAUAG